AUUUCUUGCUGCCAACCAUCUCUCGGGAAGCAUACCUGCAGCGCUGGGCGAUCUUCUGAGCUUGCAGUACCUGUGGCUGGGGGUUAAUCAGCUGUCUGGAUCCAUCCCGACAGCCAUUGGGAAACUCACCAAGCUGCGGGACCUGGACCUCUUUGGCAACCAGCUAGAAGGGACUCUCCCCAGCACCCUCCAGAGCCUCUCCAAGCUGCAAUAUCUUUCUCUGUCAUUCAACCAGCUCUCAGGCCCCGUGGAGCCCAUCAUACGAGGCAUGAAGAGCGUCACUCAAUU